CAAAACAAUUGUUAAACGACGUAACUAAUACAUUGGAGUACCUCAAUUUUUUUCACUUUAAGAAAACAGAAAUAUAAUACUUAUGAAAAGAAAAAGAAAAAAAGAAAAAAAAAAAAAAGGAAAAAAGAAAAUUAAAAAAAGGAAAAAAGAACAUUAAAAUACAAAAUGAAUUGGAAUGAAGUGCGCUCGAUGUUAAAAAGUUUGAAAAAAUCAAAUAUUUUUUCCAUUUCUUGUGUUGGUGUAUGUGCUGUUUUAUAUUCAAUUGGUUGGCUUCAACUCCUAAUUUCAUGGUUGAUGAUAAUUUUAAUAAUGAUAUUUAGUUUGAUAUCAGGCUUAGCUUUAGUACUGUGUAGAGGAAAACACCGUGAACCUCCUGCUCCAAGUCUUUUACAAGAAGAACAAGCAGUAUCUGAAUUCCUAAAUCGAAUGGCAAAAAGCUAUAACAAACAUUAUUAUAAACAUCGUAUUGUAAUUUCGAAAGAUUUAGACAAUACAAUUCAACAAGUUAUAGAUUUAGUUAUUCAUGACUUUUGUUUAUCAUGGUUUAGAGAUGUUGGUAAGGAUGAAACAGCCUUUGUAGAAAUUUUAAAUAAAGAGUUGUGGACAGUUAUUGAGAAUUUAAUAAUUCGUCUUAAUGAAGUUGAUAGUUUAAAUUUUUUAUGCAACAGUCUUGUGAUGGUUCUUCAUAAUCACUUUCAUGAUUUAAGGUUAUCAGAUGCAAGGCAAUUUCCUGGACAAACGAAACCUUUUCUUCUUCACCCUUGUUUAAAAGAUCAUGAAUCUGAAGUAAAAUAUUUACGACUGUGUGCAGACUGUCUUCUUGUAACAUUGUUACCUGAAAGUGAUUCUAAUUGUCUACCAAUGAGAUAUGCCAUACGGGAAGUAUUAGCUAAUUUUAUUUUUCUUGCUACUGCAGAAUCUAUUUGUGAUCCUGAUUAUAUUAACCAAACCUUGGUUAUUUAUCUUGAGGAUAAAGAAAAAAGUACUGAAACACAAAAACAACAGUAUGCAUAUGCUGAAACAUAUGAGGAAUUUAUUAAAAUGAUUAAUACAACAUCAGAUAUUGAAACACUAAAGCAAAUUAGGUAUCAUACUAUUGCAGAAAUUAUGCAGGCUACAGUUAUCCACAAUUCUAAGAAUAUUACAGAGCAUGAUGGUAUUUCAAAAAGUGGGAAAAAAAACAAAAAAGAAGCCCUUCAAGAUCGCAAUCUCAAGCGCUACAUAAACCAAUGUAGAGUAUCAAAACUACAAUGUGAAAAGCGCAUUAGACAACUUGGUGGGCCUGAUUAUCGUGUUUAUGGAUUGGGCCAAGGGAAACCUUUUCAAGCCAAUAGUGAACAAGAAUCUCCAAGAAGAGGUUUUGGUACAAAAUCUAGUAAAGUUCUUGCAUUUAAUGAUAUUAUGGAUAACAGUUUGGCAAGGAGUUUUUUUAUGCUUUAUUUGCAACGAAAUGAAAAAGAAAAUCUUUUGGGUAUUUGGAUAGCAAUUGAAAAAUUUAGACUUACACCAAUAUCUAAACAACAUCAAAGUGCAAAUGAAAUAUUCCAAGAGUAUGUAACGCCUUCUGCAGAUAAAGCUAUUAAGUUUAAUUCAAAGCUUGUUAGAGGGAUGGAAGAGUUUAUUUAUGGAAAUGGAGAUCCAGAUGUGUUUUAUGAAGCUCAAAAAGAGGUCUACUCAAUAAUGGAAGAAAGUAUUUAUCCUGAGUUUGUUCUCAGUCAUGACUAUACACAGUUUGUAUGCCAGUUAGAAUCUGCUAUGGAUGAUAUGCGUGCACAGUUAGGUGAAGAUCUUGACAUGCAAUUAGAUUGGAGUGAUGGACUAAACUUUAAAGAAAGGAGAAAUGCUGAAGCUUUGCGAGCAGCCAUGCCUAGCAAUAUAGAGGAGCGAAAUGAUUUUGCAGUUAGAUCAUUGAAGAUACUGGAUCAAAAAAUUAAUGCAAAGACUCAAGCACUUGAACUUUUGAAGCGAGCUUUACCUGUUGAUGUUCAGGAGGUUCAAAAACUUGUAUCUGAAAUUGACCACUUAAACACUGAACGAAGACAUUUGGAGUUUCACAUUGAAAGAACAGAUCUUUGGUGUGAGAUGUUGGGACGUUGGAAAGCAAGUAUUGUCAGUGUACAGAAUAAAACAGAUGAAGAAAGUAAUCCAAUAUUUGUCAUUUGUGUAUCUUGUGAUGAAAGAGAACAGAGUGAACCAAAACCAACUGCAGCAGGAUGGGUAAUUUGCAGAACACUUAAUGAUUUUAAGAAUCUACAUGACAAGAUUCGAGAGUGUUGCAACUGGAUGAGCAAAGAGCUUCCUGUAUCAUCCAAAAAAUGGUAUCAUCGAAAACUGGUUGCUGAAAACUUAGAGACUUUGAAAGAAUCAUUGCAGGAGUAUCUUGAUAUUAUUCUUGCUGAUGAGCGACUAUCUCACAGUGAUGAAAUUUAUAUCUUCCUUAUACCUAGUCCAGAUCACUUGCGUGUUCAAUCCUCUAAGAAUCGUUCUAUUGGCGAGAUAAAGACACCAUUAUCUUUAAUAAAGACUAUUAAAGGAUCGAUUCAAAACAUUUCUUUUCCUGAUAUUUUUAUAUCCGAUGGUGCUGAUGGCAACGAAAUGGAACCUGGAGUUGAAGAAAAUAGCAUUGAUAGAAAAGAUUCCAUUGCCGAACCACUGUACACACUUAUUGGAGAACUAUUUGAACUCAAAGGAGUGUUUAAGCUUCUUCGAAAGACAUUGAUUUCAUUUGUGCAAGUAACAUUUGGAGGGACUAUAAACAGACAUUUGCGCGAAUUUGUUGGUUGGCUAUUAUCUGAACCAAUGUUGAUCUAUUACAUCGAUAACUUCAAACAAUCCAUGUGGCCAAAAGGCAAACUCGCUCCAUAUCCACCACCAAGAACAGAUCUUGAAAAAUUAAGAACUCGUGAACAUGCUAAAGAAAAAGUUAUGAAAAGUAUACCAGAUGUUCUUCAAAAUCUGGUAGGAAAGCGUAACAGUAGCUUUUUGAAGCCUUUCAAGACUUCCGCUCAAACAAGCAUUUAUUUUAUAAUACGAAAUUAUAAUACGAAAUAUAGUCUCAGUAAUUGUGUGUAUAGAAUCACGUUCAAAACAUUCUUUUGUUGGAUGGUUCUUUUUGUUUUAUAUUGCCUAAUUUUUUUUAUUUUUUUAAUUUCUACAAUUUUUAUGGAAUUUAGAAAUUGCUCUAGUUUUAUAUUUUAUAAUUUUUUAAUUAAAGUCAAUAAAUAGAAUUUUAAUUAAAGUCAUUAAAUAGAAUUUUAAUUAAAGUCAAUAAAUAGAAUUUUUAAACAGUUUGACGCGCAAUAGUUUUUGUUGUUUGGAGCAUUUUACUUUAUAAGAAGAGUUUUUAAAAUUUUGUUAACCAGCCUAAUUUAUUCAUACUUUACGAUACUAUAUGAUGUUUGUUGUUUAUUUUAAAAAGUCCUUUAUAAUAAUCUGAGUCAUAACAUUAAAUUAUUAAUAAUGAAA